CUCACAUCGACAAUCUACCGUCACACUCACUAGUCAACACCGUACGAACAUACCGCAUAGGUAUACUGUGUUACCCUGUGUACGAAAGAGAGAGAGAGAGAGAGAUUUUACAUUUAUUGUAUGAUUGUAAUUUAUAUUAAAUAAAUAAUGGCAUAUGCAAUCGGACCUAUGGUGCCAAGUGCCAAUCCAGUGACAAACCCUUCUCUUGUGCCAGAUUGGGCAAAUGCUGAACAUAGUACUGGAACCUCGAUUAUGGCUUGUGAGUUUGAUGGUGGCGUUGUCGUUGGAGCGGACACUCGUUCUACCACUGGUGCAUACAUUGCUAAUCGUGUAGCUGACAAAUUGACUCGAGUGACAGAUUAUAUUUACUGCUGUCGCUCUGGAUCUUCUGCAGAUUCUCAGGCUAUCUCAGACUUUGUCAGAUAUCACUUGUCAUUUUACAAGAUGGAAUUAGGAAUGGAGCCACGAGUGGAGACUGCAGCAAAUCUCUUCAGAGAAAUGUGUUACAAUUAUCGUGAAAGUCUGAUGGCUGGUAUUCUUGUAGCUGGGUGGGAUCCAAUCAAAGGUGGUCAAGUAUAUUCAAUACCUCUUGGUGGCAUGUGCACAAGAAUGCCAAUUUCCAUUGGUGGCUCAGGCUCAACAUAUGUGUAUGGUUAUGUAGAUUCACAUUACAAGCCUGGCAUGACCAAAGAUCAGGUGGUCGAGCUUGUUACUAACACUUUGGCUUUGGCAAUGUCGCGCGACGGUAGCAGUGGUGGUAGCAUUCGACUUGGUGUCAUUACCAAAGAUGGAAUUGAACGUCAAUUGAUUCUCGGCAACGAACUGCCUAAGUUCUGGGAAGGAUAAACUUAAAAAUAAUAAACUUUUUACUGUUAUUCAAAUCAUAAGUGAAACAUUUCUCAUUCGAAGCCUUUGAUAAAAAUAAACAAAGCGACAUUCAAGUGUCACAAUGGAUUUAUGAAUUUUAUCCUAC